CGCGCAGGCGCGGCCAUGGCGGCGGCGGAGGGGCCGCGGCUGCGGGAGCGGGAGGAAGCCCGGGACGGGGCGCGGGACGAGGCCGCGGCCGGCGCUGAGGAGACGGUGAAGAUCAUCUGCCUGGGCGACAGCGCCGUGGGCAAGUCCAAGCUGCUGGAGCGGUUCCUGCUCGACGGCUUCCGCCCGCAGCAGCUGUCCACGUUCGCGCUGACCCUGUACCAGCACCGCGCCCGCGUGGGCGGGCAGCAGGUCCGCGUGGACUUCUGGGACACAGCGGGCCAGGAGCGGUUCCAGAGCAUGCACGCCUCCUACUACCACCAGGCCCACGCCUGCAUCAUGGUGUUUGAUGUGCAGCGGAAGGUCACCUACAAGAACCUGAACAGCUGGUACAGGGAGCUGAGGGAAUUCCGCCCGGAGAUUCCCUGCAUUGUGGUGGCCAACAAGAUUGAUGCGGACAUGAAGGUGACCCAGAAAAGCUUCAACUUUGCCCGGAAGUUCAGUUUGCCCUUUUACUUUGUGUCUGCUGCCGACGGCACCAACGUGGUGAAGCUCUUCAACGAUGCCAUCAGACUGGCCGUGGCUUACAAACAGCACUCGGGAGACUUCAUGGACCAGGUCCUGCAGGAGCUGGAGAGCUUUGACCUGCAGAAGACGAACGAGGAUUUGUCAGAUAAAGAGAAGAGCUGCCCUGAAGAGGAAACCCCAUCUGCCUAAGCCUGGACCCUGAGCCUGGUUUUCCUUUGCCACUGGACCCUGAGUCCGGUUUCCCUUGGCAUUGCAUUUCUGGGGCCUGCACAGAGAACAGUGAUGUUUCUUGUGCCCUGGAGCUGUGAUGAUGGGCAGCUGGGCCUCUCCCUUCUUGUGGGAGCCCUUCUGGGCAGGAUCUCCCUUGGCUUGGCCCUCACCACUGCACAUCUCUCAAGCCAAAGAACGAAUGUGAACAGCCCAGCAGACUGACAGAGCAGGGACUUUCCCAGCCCAUGGGUGCACUGAGCAGGGCUGAAAACACAGUUAAUGAGGAACACAGGAACUUUAUUUCAACCCCUGGGUCACGUCAGCAUCGCUGUGGGUGCAGCGGAGCAGCGUGGGCAGGACAGAGCAGCCUCUGGCCCCAAGGCUACCUUUGGCCCAGCAGGAAAUGGCCGUGGCCCACUGUAGCCCUGGAUCCCGCUCAUCCCACUGCUUAAGCCUUUUUGUCCUUCAGGAAAGGCAGGAAGUCCUGCAGCAGGUUCAGGAGUUGCACCAGGAUGAGGAGUGGGAAUGCCGUGGGCAGUAAUGAGGCCGAGGAGGUCGGUGCCGGUCUCUGGCUGUGCUUGGGGGUCGAGCUGAUGUCUGGCUCUGGCGCUGGCCUCAGCUGCUGCUCAGGGGUCAGGCUGAUGUCUGGCUCUGUCACUGGCCUCAGAUACUGCUCGGGGGCCGAGGUGAUGGCUGGCUCUGGUUCUGGACCGGCUCCUUCUGCUGGGCUCAGGCCCGUCUGGACCAGGAUCCAGUUGUGGAAGUGCUGAGUGGAGGUGUAGAUCCCGGGGUGCCUGGCUUUGUCACAGCCUCUUCCCCAGCUGCUCAGCCCCACCAGCCAGAAGUAGUCAGCUCUGUUGUCCUUACAAAUGAGGGGACCCCCGCUGUCCCCCUGUGGCAGGAGAGAGGGCUCAGGGUUUGUGGGGGGCUGCUGCAGCAGCAGGGCUGGCUCCUCUCUCCCAGCCCCUGCCAGAGCCACAUUCCCAGCAUGGGGAGGCUCUGCCUGGGGGCUGGAGCCUCCAGAGCCUCGGCUGGGAGCAGGUUGGGGGCUGUCCCAUCUCUGCACAGUGGUCCCAGAUGUGCAGAGGAUGGAUGAUCCAGGGUCACAUCUGCAGCUCGGGGCUGCCAGGAGCACUGGAUGGGCUUUGUGGGCAGAGCCAGGCCUUGGGGACAAGGGGACACGGGGCAUGGGGAAGGGGAGGGCAGCCCUGGGAUAGGGGACAUGGGACAGGGCAAUCCUGGGAUAGGGGACAUGGGACAGGGCAGCCCUGGGGUAGGGGACAGGGGACAGGGCAGCCCUGGGAUAGGGGACAUGGGACAGGGCAGCCCUGGGAUAGGGGACAUGGGACAGGACAGCCCUGGGAUAGGGGACAUGGGACAGGGCAGCCCUGGGAUAGGGGACAUGGGACAGGGCAGCCCUGGCAGCGGUGGGGACCCGAGGGGACCCAGGCCCAGCCCGUGCCAUGUUUGGGGUCAGGGGGUCCCUGUGCUGUCGGGUCUGAGGGACUGGUGCCACGCUCCCACCUGGCAGGUGUCGAUGCCGCCCCGCGGGUACCCAGCACACAGGUUUUCGGGGUGCACGGCCCCCCCGUACCAGCGGCUGCUGUUACAGAGCUCUGUGUCCAUGAGGUGAACCUUGGCCUCCUGCAGCACCACAUCUGGUCCAGGAGUUGUAGGAACAGACGGGAAUGAGCCUCCAGAUGAGGGCCAAUGAGCCUCCAGCAGCUCAUUCCACAACAUCCAUCCCCUCCCCUGCCUUGUGAUGAACCCCUUCCCCAGAACUGGCUUUGCCCCUGGAGCGACACUGUCCCCCUGUGUCCCUGCUGUUGGCUCUGGGGAAGGGGCCAGGCCCAUCUCUCCACAGUCUUCAGGGAGUCACAGAAUGGUUUGGGUGGAAGGGACCUUAAAGCUCAUCCAGUGCCACCCCCCACUCUGGGCAGGGACCCCUUCCCCCAGCCCAGGCUGCUCUGAGACCUGGCCCUGCUGAUGUCCUGCAGCCACAGCUGGACUGUGGCUGUGCCCAGCCCAUGUUCCUGGGGUGCCCAGCCCAUGUUCCUGGGGUGCCCAGCCCAUGUCCCUGGGGUGCCCAGCCCGUGUCCAUGGGGUCCCAGCCCGUGUCCCCAGGAUGCCCAGCCCAUGUCCAUGGGAUGCCCAGCCCAUGUCCCUGGGGUGCCCAGCCCAUGUCCAUGGGGUCCCAGCCCGUGUCCCCAGGAUGCCCAGCCCAUGUCCAUGGGGUGCCCAUCGCACCCUCAGGGCAUGUCCUUGUAGGGCCUCACCUCCUGGUGUGGCGAAACUCCAUCCCGCGAUGUAGCAGGAUUUGAGCUCAGAGACCCUCACCGAGGUGUCGGGCACACAGCCCAGCUGGAUGUAGUCACUGCACUCCACGGGCCGGUCCAGCUCCAGCAGGGCAAUGUCGUUCCUUGCCGUGGCAGCCACGUAGUGCUGGUGCACCAGGAUCCUCUGGAUGUGCCUCACCUUGGCCUCGGGGCCCGGCUGAGUCAGAUCCGUGGCCCCGAUCACCACGUCCCACCGGUAGACGUCCCUGAUGGAGAGAGGGGUGAGAGGGAGCAGAGCCACAGACUGUGGCAGCUUCCCAGCCUUCUGCUUCCCAAGGGAGAGAGGGAAGCAGAGAGGAAAGAGCCGGACGGGAGCAGCACGUGGUGCUGUGACCUGGGCACCCGCCCGAGCUGUGGGGACACCCCUGUCCCUGCCCCUCCUUACCCGGCCCUGAUGAAGCAGUGGGCGACCGUGAGGACCCACUGGAAGCUGAGGAGGACACCCGAGCACAUGUGCCACGUGCCAUUCUUCCAGGUGGCCUGGAUGCUGACGAUGCCGGGCCAGGCCCCCGGCUGGACUCCGGUGCCCCCCACGACGCGGGACGUGCCGUCGGCCAAAGCCACGGGGUCGUAGUCGGGCAGCAGGGAGUUGUGGUCGGAAGCCAUGGGCCGGAGCCCGCAGGUCCCUCUGGAAGCACAAAGCCAUCACUACCCUGCCCAGGGGCUGCUCAGGUCCCCUGUUGUCCCCCCACACUGCGCUGAGGGGCAGCAGGGCCAGGGACCCCCGAGGGCACCUCUGUGCCCCCGUUCUGCUGGGAACCCCCCCAAUGUUCCUGAGCUCCCUCCCACAUCCCAGGGCCACUGACUCGCAGGUGUCCCAGGUGCCACCCACGGGCCCGGCCAGGGCCAGCAGGACCAGGAGCCACAGCCAAGCCAUCGGUGCCAGCGCACGUGGCAGUGCCAGGACCCGGGGUCACCUCCAGCACAGCCACCAGCGUUGUGCCCACAGCACCCACAGUGCCCCCGGCCCGGGGCUGAUGUCACAGAGGGGCCGGUUCCGUGUGCUGGGCAUGGCAGGGAGGGACACCGAGUCACGGAGCCAGGGAAUGGUUUGGGUGGGAAGGGACUUUAACAACCACCCAGUGCCACCCCUGCCAUGGGCAGGGACACCUUCCACUGGCCCAGGUUGCUCCAAGCCCUGUCCAACCUGGCCUUGGACACUUCCAGGGAUCCAGGGGCAGCCACAGCUUCUCUGGGCAAACUGUGCCAGGGCCUCUCCACCCUCCCAGCCAGCAAUUCCUUCCUAACAUCUGAUCUAAAUUUGCACUCCUUCUGCUUAAGGCCAUUUCCCCCUUGUCCUGUCACUACAUGCUCUUGUCCAAAGUUCCUCUCCAGCCUUCUUUUAAGCCCCCCUUGGGUACUGGAAGGGGCUCUAAGUUCUCCAUGGAGUCUUCUCCAGGCUGACCAGCCCCAACUCUCUCAGCCUGUCAUGCCCUUCUUCCCACCCUGAGUGAAUAUUUUAAAUGUCGUGAGCCUUGCUGUAGAACAGUAGUGCACUGCUAGUUCACUACAUUCUCCUUUUACAUAUGUUUAUUUACAUCCAUUCCAGAAAGGCAUCUGACUUUAUUCCAAUACCUCAAUAAAUCAAAGUUUAAUUUUUCUGCUCUCUAA